AUGGGAUUGCUGAAUUCUAAAAAUCCCAAAGGCAAACAAGCCCAUAUUCUUCUUCUGGGACUCGACUCGGCUGGGAAAUCUACUCUGCUUUACAGGUUAAAGCUUGCUGAGACUCUCACGACCAUCCCAACCAUCGGCUUCAACGUGGAAAUGGUCCAGCUGGAUACUGAUCUUCCGCUCACUGUGUGGGAUGUCGGAGGGCAGGAGAAGAUGCGAACGGUCUGGGACUGCUACUGUGAGAACGCAGACGGGCUGGUGUAUGUGGUGGACUGUUCCGAUGGCAAGCAGAGACUCAAGGACUCCUGCAAAGAGUUUAAGCACAUUUUGCAGAAUGAACACAUCAAAAAUGCGCCGGUCGUCAUAUUAGCCAACAAACAAGACUUGCCCGGAGCUCUGAGUGCCGAGGAGAUCACCAGGAUAUUCAAGGUGAAGAAGCUGUGUAGCAACCGGUGCUGGUACGUGCAACCCUGCUGCGCUGUCACUGGAGAAGGGCUGGAUGCCGGGUUCAGGAAAUUGACUGAGUUUGUGAAAAGCCACCUGAAGGCCAGAGACGCCUGA